AUUUGUAUUUUUUUAUACAUCUUCUAUUUUCUUCCAGAUGUUGAAGCAAUAGAAGUUGCAACUCAAAUUCCACCUGAAGUCAAUAAAUUAUUAAAUUUAAACGAAACUAGAAGAAUUAUUAAUGGUGAGGAAGUAACUGAGGGAAGACCUUAUAUGGUCUAUUUGAAAUUACCCCGAAGUAAUAGCAAGAAACCAAAUUACCGAUCCUGGCUUUGUGGUGGAGUGAUUAUACACGAGGAAUAUAUUCUCACAUCAGCAGCAUGUAUAGAAGAUGCUGAACAUUUUUAUGUAGUAUCUGGAUCUUAUAAGUAUUCUGAUGAAGAUGAUCGGUAUAAUAAUCCUUGCAUAAAAAAUGGUGCUAAGAAAGCGAUAUGGAAAUGCGUUCCCAAAAACUACGUAUUUGAUGGUCACGAAAAUGAUAACAUCAGAUGGAUGAAUAAUGACAUCGCAGUAGUAAAGAUAGAAGAUGGCUUUGAUUUUAAUAGACGUAUUCGUGGAUGCGAUUUUGUGCCUAAACCCAUUUGUUAUAAUAACCAAAGUCACACGUUGGAAAACCCUGGUAAUGUCGUAACUAUUGCUGGAUGGGGAACUACUUCUAGAUACAAUGAGUGGGUCAACCGCAGAAAGGAAAACCAACAGAACCUUCUAGAAGCCCACGUCGAGAUCAUUCCUAAGAAUCGUUGCAAACGCCGCUGGGGUGCUCGAUAUCACAAUAUUAUAGAAAAUUAUAUGAUUUGCACUAAAGAUAUUGGCCAAACCAUGUCAGAGAUUUGUAAUGAGAAAUAUGUAGAUUGCCAAGACAUAAACUAUUCAGACGAUGAAGACCUAAGAAGAGACAUUAAAUCUGAGCAAAUACCAACCAACCUUGUGAUGCAUUCCGCUUACCACAAUGAAUCUAAUAAAAAUAGUGGUAAUGAUACCAGGAGAUAUGUGUCUCAGGCUGAUGGUGGAUUUUGUGAGAACGACCAUGGAGGACCUUUGAUUUAUGGUGAAGGAGUAAAUUCAGUAGUAAUUGGAGUAAUAUCUGCUUGUCUUGUGAAAGAAAGAACCAACAAAUGCUAUGGACCAUUCUUAUACACUAGUGUGUUUAAAAAUCGACAGUUUAUAUCUUGUGCUAUUUAUAAGGAUAUUGAACCUAAAUGUAGACGCCAAUUCCGCUCAGGAGUCACACACGAAGAAAAGGUUCUGUCGUGGAAAGAACAUCCUGAUGGCCCAGCAAAGAACGAACUAGCUGCAACCGCCGGUGAAGGCAUUCCUCCAGUGGCUGAUGAUAAAGUGUUCUCAAGCAGCGGCUUCAUAAUGCGAGCUGAUGACCAUCGAGUUGCUAAUAAAUCACAUGUAUCUUGAG